UGCAGCACACAUAAGGAUAAUACAAAAUGGCUGUUCGAGAUCUAGAUAAGGGAAUGCGCUGUAUUAAAUAUUUACUUUUCUCUUUCAACCUUCUAUUUGUGAUAACUGGUAUCCUGCUCAUCAUGGUUGGAACAACAAUUUAUGCUAUACAUAAUGAUUACAUAAAUUUUCUGGAGGACAAAUACUUGACACCUGCCACCUUACUUAUAGCUGUGGGAAUUAUUAUAUUUAUUGUUGCCUUCUUUGGUUGCUGUGGUGCAGUACGUGAAAGUACAUGCAUGGUAAUGGUGUUUGCUGUCCUUCUUGGAAUUAUCUUCAUAUUGGAGCUCUCAGCCAGUAUUGCUAGUUAUGUCCUCAGGGAUGGACUAGUGGACAUGUUAGUUGGAAGUAUAAAUUCUACAAUGCACGAUUAUCCAAAAGACGUCUAUAUGGCACAAACAGUGGAUUACUUACAACAAACUAUGCAAUGUUGUGGUCUUGCAAGCCCAAAGGACUGGGCUGGAAUACUAACAGAAGGAGAUAACACAGUCACAUUCAAUGGAACAGUAUUGCCGCAGUCAUGUGUAGCAGCUUUUGCCUCAAAUGAAACCACAACAAAUAUCUUUGCUACUGGGUGUGUGUCACGUUUGGGACUCCUGAUUAACCAAAGUGUCCUGCUGCUUGCAACAGCUGCUAUAUCAAUUGCUUUAUUACAGUUCCUUGGGAUGACUUUUGCCUGUUCUCUUGGAAAAGCUAUCAGGGCGCACAAAACAGAACGUGAGGUACGUCGUCAGGAACUCCAAGAACAGCUUAUUAAGAGCUAUUCUCUAAUUAGUAACAGUGAUCCGAAGAGGACAUUCCCUGUUGUGUACAUGGAAGCAAACAGGGAGUAUGACUGCUGAAACUUGCAAGAAAAACUAUAUUUGAAAAUGCAUACUAGUAAAAUAGAAUAAUAAUUUUUCAGUGCAAUGUAUAAUGUGUAUGUGUGUAAGAGUUUCCAGAGGAAUUACCAUUUUUUAUUAGGAGCCCUAGAAAUAUGUAAAACAAAAAUACAGCUCUGACAUUAAUUAGACAUGAAGUACGUUAAACAAGGAGAUAAAAACUGAAUCUACAACAAAGUAAAAGCACAACACUGUCAUGAAGUCAAUACUGUGGUAACAAUUACGUAACCAUCAAGGUUACAUGGAAACUACACACAAAUUUAUCUGUAAGCUCUAAUUUACAGGACAAAUUCAUGU